AUGAAUAAUAUUCAAUUUGAUGCCACUCUCAUGGAGGACGACGCGACCUCGACAUCUACUAAAGCUUUACCUAAACCACCUACAGAUCGUAAUGCUCCCGAGUACAAUAUGAAUCACAAGAAUCGCGGCAUGGCUAUAAUCUUCAAUCAUAAGAAAUUCGAUAAAAACUCCUUGCCAGAUCGUCAUGGCACUGAUAAGGACUGUACAAGAUUAAAGAAUGUACUCAAGAAGCUGGACUUUGAUGUUGCCGAGCACAACGACCUGUGCUACAAAGAGAUUGAGGGAGUAAUUGAGAACGCAGCAUCGAAGAAUCAUGCGAACAACGAUUGCAUUUUAAUUGCCAUAUUCUCACAUGGUGGAGAGGGACACAUCUAUGCCAAGGACACGAAAUACCAGCUGAACAAUAUCUUAAAGUACUUUACGGCCAACAAUUGUCUCACGCUGGCAGGCAAACCAAAGCUGUUCUUUGUGCAGGCUUGCAAGGGAAAUAAGAGUCAAAAAUCCUUUAUGUUUAUGUGUCAAGGGUCUAUAGAUUAUGACUCCUACUCGAUACCUGAUGAGGCGGACUUCCUGAUUGCCUACUCCACCAUACCGGGCUUUGUCUCCUUCCGCAAUACCAUAGAAGGCUCCUGGUUUAUUCAGAGCCUCUGUCAGGAGUUGGAAGAAAAUGGAAGAAGCUACGACUUAUUGACUCUACUGACAUUUGUCAACCGGCGUGUCGCCAAUGAAAGUAAAGAAGAAAAAGAGGUAGUAAAGCAAAUGCCUUCUAUUGACUCACGGCUUAGACAUCUUGUUUAUUUCAAGGAAAAGUCAAAGUCAACCGCCACAUCGCAAGAAAAAAAAACAUAA